UUGAUUAUUAUGAUCGUUUACCAAUUCAUUGGGCCUCCUUAAAUGGUAAUAUUGAAGCUAUAAAAAGUUUGACUUUGAAAUCAAAUAUAGAUGCAGCUCAAGCUUUAGAUGCAAUGGACAAAUUUAAAUAUAAUCCAUUAUUUUUAGCCACUACUUAUGGGCAUGAUGAAGCUGUAAAUAUUUUAUUACAGAAUAAUCAUGCUUUAAAUUUAGAAAGUGGCCAAAAAGAAAUGUAUCUGAUGUUGACUAAUUUAGAAGGACCAGAUGGUGUUAUUAAUAAAUAUUUCGAUGAAUUAGCAUCGUUACCAGGUACUUUGCACUGGGCUGUUGCCUUUUGUUCCAAAAGUAUUGUUGAACGAUUACUUGACAGUGGAGCUGACAUUGAAGAGAAGGGAGCGCAUGAAAAUACGUCGCUACAUACAGCUGCUUCGUUUGGAAAUAAAGAAGUUGUUGAAUUAUUAAUUGAUAGAGGUGCUCAAAUAGAUCCCCUGGAUAAAUAUGAAAGCACACCACUACAUUGGGCAGUAUCACAUUGUCAUUUAGAAAUUAUCCAACUUCUUUUAGAUAAAGGCGCCAAUAAAAGAUAUGCUUUAAGUUGGGCUGCAUCAGGUCGCAAUUUAAAUAUUGUUAAAUUAUUAGUUGAAAAUGGAUGCGAUGUUAAUGAAUCAGAUAACGAUACUGCAUAUUCACAUACACCAUUAAUGUGGGCAGCAAUUUGUGGUCAGGCUGAGAUCAUUGAAUAUUUGAUAGAAAAUGGUGCCGAAAUUAUAAAUACUAUCAUCAAUUUUGAUAUAAUACAUUGGUGUGCGACCAAUGGACUUGUGGAUACAAUUAAAAUGCUCGUCGAGCGAGGUGUGGACGUUAAUGAAUUAGAUUUAUGUUUCAGUCGAACCCCUUUACAUUGUGCAGCUAUCGUUGGUAACGUAGAAGUAAUCAAAUAUUUAUUGAGUGUUCAGGGUAUUGAUGUAAAUGCAGAAGAAGACAACUGCGAUUUACCCAUCAAGUAUGCGGUCAACGGAAACCAUCACGAAGUAAUGAAAAUGUUAAUUGAACAUGGGGCAGAUAUUAAUAAUGAGGAUGGUUACAUGGGUAUACCAGUAUUAAUAGCAGCUGAAAAUGGUAAUCUUAAAACUUUAGAAAUUUUAAUAGAUAGUGGUGUUAAUUUAAACCCUGAAGAUAGUUCACCACUAGCUGUAGCUGUGUCAAACGGUCAUUUCCACAUGAUAGACUAUUUACUUGAAAAAGGUGCCGACAGAAGAGAGUUUAUACAUAGUUUGGCUAAGAUGGGUACCGUCAAUGAUUUAUUGAAGUAUAUGAAACCAGGUGAGGUUCAUGCAUUAGAUUUGUAUAAUAAACAAACUCCAUUAUUUUAUGCACUUCAUAAUGUCAGUAAUGUGAAAUUCCUCAUCGAAAAUGGUGCUGAUGUCAAUCAUCGAGACAAUGAGAACAAAACUCCUUUAUAUUUAGCUAUUGACUAUGAAAAUCUUGACUGUGUACGCAUUUUGGUUAACAAUGGCGCAAAUGUAAAUGAUAAAAUAAACGAUAUAACACCUCUAAUGCUAGCUAAACAAAAGGCUAACUUAGAUAUAGUCGAAUUUUUAAAAGAUUAUUGUAAAGCAAACUCCAGCGGAUUUGAUGGUGAUGAUAACCUAGGCUCAGAUAAUUAUGAAUUACAUUACUUAUCUUAUCAUGGUCUAAUGGAUCAUAUUACAAAACUAACAAAUAUUGAAAAAUAUAUUAACGAGAAAGAUGCCAAGGGUUGCACACCCUUGCAUUUAGCUUGCGCACAAAAUCAUACUCAAGUUGUUAAAUAUUUAAUAAACUUAGGAGCCGACGUUAAUUGUCAAGAUCAAAAUUUAUCAACUGCUUUACAUUGGGCUGUGUACAACAAUAAUAUUGAAUUGGUGAAAGUUUUGAUUGAAAGAAAUGCUGAUGUUCAAAUACAGGAUUCGAAUGGUAUACAACCAAUUCAUUUGGCAGCAUUAAAAGGACACAUUGAAAUAAUUAACAUCCUGACACCAAUGGGAAAGAGUGAUGAAAUCACUGAUAAACAAGGUAUCACUCCACUUCAUUUAGCAUCACAUUGUGGCCAUAAUGAUGUAAUUCGAGCGUUAUUAGAGACUGGCUAUUUUAAUGUGAAUGCAACUGAUAAAAAUGCAAUACGACCAUUACAUUUAGCGAUUGGUAGUAAUCAUGAUACAACUGCUAAAUUACUAUUAGAAAAAGGUGCUUUAUCUUCAUGUUUUGAUUCUUAUGGUCGAAGCCCAAUGCACUGGGCCGCAGUUAAUGGGAAUUUAGAAGCAAUCAAAUCUUUAAGUUUUGAUUCAGAAUCAAUGACACAGAAUCGUUUGGACACAUUUAAAUGUAAUCCACUAUUUUUAGCCACUUUUUAUGGACAUGAUAAAGCUGUAAAUAUUUUAUUACAGAAUAAUCAUGCUUUAAAUUUGGAGAGUGGUCAAAGAGAAAUGUAUCUGAUGUUGACUAAUUUAGAAGGACCAGAUGGUGUUAUUAAUAAAUAUUUCGAUGAAUUAGAAAAUACUUAUUCAUUACCAAAUACUUUGCAUUGGGCUGCUGCUUUUUGUUCCAAAACUAUUGUUGAACGAUUGCUUGACAGUGGUGCUGACAUUGAAGAGAAGGGAGCGCAUGAAAAUACGUCGCUACAUACAGCUGCUUCGUUUGGAAAUCAAGAUGUGGUUGAAUUAUUAAUUGAUAGAGGAGCUCAAUUAGAUCCCCUGGAUAAAGAUGAAAGCACACCACUACAUUGGGCAGUAGCACAUUGUCAUUUAGAAGUUAUACAACUUCUUCUAGAUAAAGGCGCUAGUGAAGAAAAUGCUUUAUGCUGGGCAGCAGCUUGUGGUAAUCUAAAUAUUGUCAAAUUAUUAAUAGAAAAUGAUUGUGAUGUUAAUGAAGAAGAUGGAGAUGAAGAAUACACACGAACGCCGUUGAUUUGGGCUGCUACUUGCGGUCAUCCUGAAAUUUUUGAAUAUUUAUUGAAUGAAGUUGGAGCUGAAAUUACAAAUUAUGAUGUUCUACAUUGGUGUGCAUCUAAUGGACUUUUGGAUUCUCUUAAAAUGUUAAUAGAACGUGGAAUUGAUGUGAAUGAACUAGAUUUAUGUUAUAAAUGGACCGCUUUACAUUGGGCAGCCAUCGCUGGUAACGUAGAUAUAACAAAGUUUUUACUAAAUGUUGAUGGAAUUCGCGUUAGUGGAUCAUCUUUUAAACGCAAUUCACCUCUUCACUAUGCGGUCCUCCAUAAUCAUAAUGAAAUAAUUAAAAUGUUAAUCGAACACGGAGCAGAUAUUGACGAGUGUGCCGAUUUAGGUAUACCAUUACAUAUGGCCGUUGAAGCUGGAAAUUUAGAAACUGUUAAAAUUUUAGUUGAGGGUGGUGCUGAUUUAACUAUCUGUUUCGUUGAUUUGCCAUUGAAUUUAGCCGUUCAAUUUGGUUAUAUGGAUAUAGUGGAAUAUUUAUUUGAAAAAUGUACUGAAAAACAAGAUUUCAUUCAUAAUUUAGCUGAAUAUCGUACUGUAACUGAUAUAUUAAAAUAUAUGAAACCAGAGGAUGUAAAUGCGUUAGAGAAUUAUGAACGGACGCCAUUAUUUUAUGCGAUACUUGGCAAUGACGAUAAUGUAAAAUUUUUCAUCGAAAAUGGCGCCGAUGUCAAUCAUAAAGAUGAACAAGAUCGAACUCCUUUGUAUGUGGCUAUUGAGAAUGGAAAAUUAGAGUGUGUUCAAGUGUUAAUUGAAAACGGGGCUGAUAUUAAUACUAAAAUGCCUGAACAUCCCAUAAUGCUAGCUAUAGAAACAUCUAAUCUAGACAUAUUAAAACUUUUAAUUGAUAAAUAUAAUGCAGAUAUUAAUAUCGUCUCUGACAAUUUAUGGAGUCCAUUACAUCAUGCAGCGAACAUUCCUGAUAAUGAUGCCAAAAAAUUAAAAAUCAUUGAAUACUUAUUAUCGAGAAACGUUGAUGUAAACGCUAGAGACUGUCAAGGAAGCACUGCUUUAUAUUUAGCAAUGUAUUCAGUGUUGCCUGAUUUUGGACAUUUUGUUUUGAAUAGUGACGAAUUUUCUUCAGAUAUAAUUCUAUUAUUAUUGAACAAUGGCGCCGAAAUUAACAUAAAAACUUGUCAGGGGCGUACAACGCUUUCAUUACCUGUCAGCGAAGGAAACAUUGCAUACGUGAAGUUAUUAAUACUUCAUGGGGCUGAUGUUAAUUUAGAUCCAAAAAUUAAAACAUGUUGCACUAAAAAGAAUGAUAUUCCAAUUCUUCGAUUGUUAUAUAACGCUGGAUUGAACCUUACUAAUAUAGCUCAAAAUGACCGUGCAAUUUUUGAUUCUGAUGUAGAAUCAUUUAUUACGUAUGCAGAAACGAAUCCAUUAAGCUUAAAACAAUUGUGUAGAAUUACUUGUCGAAAUACAUUUGGCAAAAAUUAUUUCAAUAUAAUAAAAUGUCUCUUGUUACCAAUUACUCUUAAGAAAUAUUUAUUAUUCGAUGAACUGAAAAUAUUUUUUCCAGAAAUAAUGGAUGGUAAUAUGAAGUUUCUCCAAAGCGACAUUUUGCAUAUUUUAUCACACGAAGGGCGGAUUGAUGAAAUUACUAAAAUAUCAUUAGUUGAAAAAUUAAUUAACGAAAUAAACUGGGAAGGAUGUACACCAUUACAUUAUGCAUGCGCUCAAAAUCAUACUCAAGUUGCCGAAUAUUUAAUAAGCUUAGGAGCCGAUGUUAAUUGUCAAGAUAAAAAUUUAUCAACUGCUUUACAUUGGGCUGUGUACAACAAUAAUAUUGAAUUGGUGAAAGUUUUGAUUGAAAGAAAUGCUGAUGUUCAAAUACAGGAUUCGAAUGGUAUACAACCAAUUCAUUUGGCAGCAUUAAAAGGACACAUUGAAAUAAUUAACAUCCUGGCACCAAUGGGAAAGAGUGGUGAAAUCACUGAUAAACAAGGAAUCACACCGCUUCAUUUAGCAUCACAUUGUGGCCAUAAUGAUGUAAUUCGAGCGUUAUUAGAGACUGGAUAUUUUAAUGUCAAUGCAACUGAUAAAAAUGCAAUACGACCAUUACAUUUAGCGAUUGGUAGUAAUCAUGAUACAACUGCUAAAUUACUAUUAGAAAAAGGUGCCUUAUCUUCAUGUUUUGAUUCUUAUGGUCGAAGCCCAAUGCACUGGGCCGCAGUUAAUGGGAGUUUAGAAGCAAUCAAAUCUUUAAGUUUUGAUUCAGAAUCAAUGACACAGAAUCGUUUGGACACAUUUAACUGUAAUCCAUUAUUCUUAGCCACUUUUUGUGGGCAUGAUGAAGCUGUAAAAUUUUUAUUACAGAAUAAUCAUGCUUUAAAUUUAGAAAGUGGCCAAAGAGAAAUGUACCUGAUGCUGAGUAAUUUAAAAGGACCAGAUGGUGUUAUUAAUAAAUAUUUCGAUGAAUUAGUAUCGUUACCAGGUACUUUGCACUGGGCUGUUGCCUUUUGUUCCAAAAGUAUUGUUGAACGAUUGCUUGACAGUGGAGCUGACAUUGAAGAGAAGGGAGGGCAUGAAAAUACGCCGCUACAUACAGCUGCUUCGUUUGGAAAUAAAGAUGUUGUUGAAUUAUUAAUUGAAAAAGGUGCUCAAUUAGAUCCCCUGGAUAAAGAUGAAAGCACACCACUACAUUGGGCAGUAGCACAUUGUCAUUUAGAAGUUAUACAACUUCUUCUAGAUAAAGGCGCUAGUAAAGAAAAUGCUUUAUGCUGGGCAGCAGCUUGUGGUAAUUUAAAUAUUGUUAAAUUAUUAAUAGAAAGUGGGUGUGAUGUUAAUGAAGAAGAUGGAGAUAAAGAAUACACACGAACACCUUUGAUAUGGGCUGCUACUUGUGGUCAUGCGAAUAUUUUGGAAUAUUUGUUAGUAGAAGCAGGGGUUGCAAUUACAAACUAUGAUAUUCUACAUUGGUGUGUAUUUAAUGGGCUUUUGGAUACUAUUCAAAUUUUAAUUGAACACGGGAUUGAAGUAAACGAACCAGAUGUAUUGUUUGGAAGAACUGCUUUGCAUUGGGCCGCUAUCGUUGGUAAUAUAAAUGUAAUUAAAUAUUUACUGAGUGUUGAUGGCAUUGAUGUAAAUGUUUACGAUCACGGGCAAUUGGGUGAUUUGCCUAUUCACUACGCAGUUGAUAGAAGCCAUUUUGAAAUAGUAAAAAUAUUAAUAGAAAGCGGGGCAUAUAUUGAUAGGGUAGGAAAUUUAGGUCUACCGAUUCUUAUGGCGAUUGAAGCUGAAAAAUUGGAAAUUUUAAAAAUGUUUAUAGAAAGUGGGGUUGAUCUUGAUGCAUGUUAUUAUUAUCCAGAAACUAUGCGUUCUUAUGGCUCACCACUACGUUUAGCCGUACGUUUAGGUCAUAUGGAUAUAGCAAAUUAUUUACUUGGCAAAAAUUGCGAAAGUAAGGUAUUUAUUCAUAAUUUAGCUGAAUAUCGUACUGUAACUGAUUUAAAAAAAUAUAUGAAACCGGAAGAUAUAAAUGCGUUAGACUAUGAUGGACGUACACCAUUAUUUUAUGCAAUACUUGGUAAUGACGAUAAUGUAAAAUUUCUUAUUGAGAGUGGUGCCGAUGUCAAUCAUAAAGACGAAUCAAAUCAAACUCCUUUGUUUGUGGCAAUCGAGAAAGAAAAAUUUGAGUGUGUUCAAGUGUUAAUUAACAAUGGGGCCGAUGUUAAUAUUAAAAUGUGUAGACACGGUAUAACACCUAUAAUGCAUGCAAUACAAAAUUCGAAUUUAGACAUAUUAAAGUUUUUAAUUGAUAAAUGCAAAGCGGAUAUUGAUAUCUUUGAUAAUAAUUCAUGGAGUCCAUUACAUCAUGCAGCAAAUAUUCCUGAUAAUGAUGAUAAAAAAUUAAAAAUCAUUGAAUAUUUAUUCUCGAAAAAUGUUGACGUUAACAUUACUAAUUGUCGAGGAUGUACUCCUUUUUAUUUGUCAAUUCUCUCUUUGUACGAGAUCAACUCUUAUUUCUAUAUUGAUAAUGAAGAUUCCGUAGAGAUAAUUGAAUUAUUAUUGGAAAACGAUGCUGAAAUCAAUGUUAAAACUUGUAACGGGUUUACACCAUUAUCAAUUGUUGUCCGCGAAAAAGACGAUGAACAUAUAAAAUUAUUAAUACUUCAUGGGGCUGAUGUUAAUUUAGAUCCAAAAAUAAAAACAUAUUGCACUAAAGAGAAUGAUAUUCCAAUUCUUGAAUUGUUAUAUAACGCUGGAUUAAACCUUACUAAUAUACCACAAAGUGAUCGUGAAAAAUUUGAUCCUGAUGUACAAUCAUUUAUUACGUAUGCAGAAACGAAUCCAUUAAACUUAAAACAAUUAUGCAGAAUAUCUUGUCGAAAUACGUUUGGUAAAAAUUAUUUAAAGAUAGUAAGAAGUCUAUUACUACCAAAUGGGGUUAACAAGUUUUUACUUUUUGAUCAAUUAUAG